GUCUUUGAGGUGGAGUCGGAGCCCACGCAGGCCAGGGAGCGGCGUCGGAGCUUGGCGCUGGACACGGACGGUUCCUUCAUCUCUUGCGAGGGUGGAGGCCCCAACGCUGCCGGCGGCUCUGUCUUCAGCGCCUAUGUCAACGCGGCGAACACCAUCCUGGGAGCUGGAACCCUUGCUGUUCCUAUUGCGAUGAGCAGUGCAGGACUGCUGUCGUACGAGCUGAUUACCGUGUUGGUCGUUGCCGUGAACUUCACAACCGUGCAUUGGCUGACAAUUGUGGCCGACCACCUGCCAAAGGGGACGCCAAGAAACUACGAAGGAAUAGCGAGGAGGUACCUGGGUUCUGCAGCAUCCCACGUCAUCUCGCUCGUCUUCAUCUUCGGUGGGCUCUCAUUGGGGAUGUCCUACAUGCUCUUCACUGCAGGAUCGAUGGCACCUGUGCUUGCCAGCUACAUGGCGUCCGAAGGCGAAGAGCCAGAGGAAAAAGAAGUGGAGCGCUUGGCUCAAAGACUUCUCUGGGGAGUUGGUCUUUGCGUCGUGCUUCCACUUGGCAUGCUGCGAGACAUUUCGAAGCUGAAGUUCACAUCGAGCGUGGCAAUCAUCGUUUUGGGCUACGCAGCUGGCUUUAUCGUUUUCUGCAACGUCGGCGCCCUUCUGGAGAAGCCUGCAGCAGGAGAGGGCUUCCAGCUCGUUAACGUAAGCAGCGACUUCUUUCUCAGUCUCGCCAUGACAACUUCCAACUUUAGCUGCCACGUCUCUGCGAUUCCCAUAUACGAGUCCUUGGGGAGCAGGGGCGCAACCUCCAUCAGGAAGGUGUUGCUGCUAGCCCUGGGUACGGCAGCGUUGCUUUACCAAAUUGUUGGCCUCAGCAGCUACCUGCGCUUUGGACACCUUGAGUCUGGUGGCAGCAAUAUCCUGGAAGUUGUGGCUGCGAGCAUCAGCGUUGGGCAAAGUCCUGUCCGGUUUGCGUUGGUGUCCCUGGCCAGUGCGGGUGUAGCUUUCAACUUGGCUUUCUCCAUGCCCAUGGCCAUGUGGGCGCUCCGCUCCGUCAUCCUCAGCUACUACCAGGCAGCCUGUGCCAUGCAGGCAAGGCGCGCCGGGCUGCCCGAAGUGGAAGUGCUGGAAAUUGAGAAUGGCGAGCCCUCCAUGCUGGAGUGGUGCAUGGCCACUACUCUGCUCAUGCUGUCGAUUCUAACCCUGGCUACACUUGUUCCAAACAUUCAGGUGAUUAUGUCCCUCGGCGGAUCACUUGGAGGUACUUUCAUUGCAUUCAUGUACCCGGCCUUAUUCCGUUUGACGGUUGUGAAGGGCGUGCGCUCCUCAAGGGACCUGCUCCAGCACAAGAACGCCGCAGAAUUAGGGGUUAUUGCCAUGAGCAUCGUGUAUGGCGUCCUUUGCCUGUCCAUCUCCAUCAGAAAGGUCGUCCUGGAGUUCCAGGCUGCAGAGCCUUCUGUGACAGCGACGACCUCCACGUUGACCCUGACAACAACCGCGUUGAUUUACGAGCUGGAGAUGUAG